AUGAAUGAUAUGAGAAUGUCACAAUCAACACUUAAAAAAAGAUAUCCACAAUAUUUUCAUCGAACAUGUAUGGCAUCACAACCUGUUUUUCGAUCAAAUUCAAAAGAUAGUAACGAUCCUCAUCAUCAUUCUCAUCAUUUUCAACAACAUUUAAAAAAAUCAUCAUCAAAAUUUCAUCGUUUUCUUAAUACAUUUCGUCGUUCAUCAUCAGCAAAUGUAUAUCGUUUAGAUAAAAAUCGUCGUAUUAAGCAUUAA